AAAACUCCACUCUUUACAAAAUAAAUAAAUAAAAAUAAAAAAAGAAAAAUAAAAAUAAAAAUAAAAAGCCUCCACUACCCUUAUAAAUUGCAAAACCCAUCUAACAUCUUCUUCCCUCUCUCAAACCCCAGAAAAUCUCCCUCUUUUUCCACAAAUCUACAAUGUCAGGAGAAGAAGAAGAGAAUGCAUCAGAGCUUAAAUUGGGCGAAGAUUUCGUCAAAGAAAAGUGUUUGAUGAAUGGAGAAGUAGCCAUGAUUCUAGAACACAGAUUAGAACAAUUACAGCAAGUUUCAGAUGAUCCCUUGAAUCAGAUGCCUCAAGUUUUCGAGAAAUCUCUGCAAUAUGUUAAGCGAUUCAGUCGAUACAAAAACCCAGAUGCUGUUCGACAGGUUAGAGAGAUUCUUAGUCGUCAUCAAUUAGCCGAAUUCGAGCUCGCUGUUCUUGGUAAUCUUUGCCCAGAAACUGUUGAAGAAGCCAUUGCUAUGGUACCUUCGCUUAAAGAUAAAGGAAGGGAUCUUGAUGAUGAAGCUAUUGAGAAGAUGCUUACUGAUCUUGCUAUGGUUAAGAAGUUUGAGUGAUUUUGGUUUCUGGGUUGUUUGGAUUUUAGGGUUAGGGUUUCUGGGUACCGCGAAUUUAUCAUCAGUUUUUAGAAUUUGGUGUUGUUAGGAUUGUUAAUUGAGAAUUCUAAUGCUAUGUAUUGUUCAAUUUGAUGAGAAUUUGAUGGUAGUAAAUUGGUAAUUGGAAUGUUUGUUAUGUGCAUAUCAAGUGUUAUUGAACUGGAAUUGGAAAGUAUGGUUAUAUGAUCGAUCAAACUUGUGAUUGACUGUCAUUGAUCA